AUGUCGAAAGGACAUCCGAAUGACUUUACUCUGAAAGUUUGCGGCCAGGAGGAGUAUUUGAUAGGAGACUAUCCUUUGAUACAGUUCAGUUACAUUCAAGACUGCCUAGCGAAAGAUAUUGUUCCGACGUUGGUCACCCUGAGCAGAGACAGCGUCUCUGUUGAUCAAGAAAAUACCGCGGAGAACGUAGAGCCGGACACUUUGCAACGUACGAGGCCUUCUUUUUCUACGCUGACCCUGCGCAAGAAGGGCAAACAUGUAUCUGCUUGGAAGAUAGAGGAACCAUUCGUUUUUACUGUGAACGCGAUAUCGCGAUUAAAUUGCGAUGCAGCUCAUCGCACCGUUGAGAUUGGCCUGCAAGCUGGUCUCUUUCAUGGUGGAAAGUCACUGUGUGAAAGUCAGAAGACUAGAGAAACGAUCGUCAGUUCCGACGGUAGUUGCGAGUGGGAAGAACCGUUGAGGUUUGACAUAAAAGUGCGAGAUAUACCGCGAAUGGCUAGGCUGUGUUUUGUUCUGUAUGAAAUUAGCAAGACUGCGAAGGGGCUGAAGAGUCGUAGAUUAGUCAAGGAUACGAAGCAAGAGUUUUUUAUAAAUCCAUUAUGCUGGGCCAACACGACCAUAUACGACUUCAAAUCGCAACUGAAAACGGGAGCGAUGACACUUUAUACGUGGACAUACGCCGAGGAUAUGCAAAACGACGAUCUGCUGCAUCCUCUGGGUACGGUAGUGUCGAAUCCUCAUAUAGACAGAGCGGCCGCCUUGAUGUUGACGUUUCCAAAUUACGGGAAAGACAAAUCCGUUCUUUAUCCAACGCCGGAGAAAAUGGUGGAAUAUGCGAGAAAGCUGCGAGAGUCAUCGGCCGAACGGUCGAUUCGAGAAGAAGAACAACCGGACAAAGAGUCCGACGUCGGCAAACUGCAGCAACUGGAGCAACUCCGAUCGUUGGCAGACAGAGAUCCGUUGCACGAGCUUCACGAGCAAGAGCGAAAGAUCAUGUGGACGUUGAGGCAUCACUGUCUUCUCGAGAUACCCACGUUGUUGGCCAAGUUGUUGCACUGCGUCGAGUGGAACGAUCAUAGGGAAGUAGCUGAAGCUACGGCGCUGGUGCAACAGUGGCCGAAAUUACCCGUCGAAAAGGCACUCGAGUUGUUGGAUUAUGCUUACGCCGAUCAGAAUGUUCGAAGUUUCGCCGUGCGUUGUUUAAUGGACGUCAGCGACGAAGAUUUGAGCCUUUAUCUAUUGCAGUUGGUACAAGCGCUGAAACACGAGAAUUACCUAUCUUGCGAUUUGACGGAGUUUUUGCUCAGACGCGCCCUCAACAAUCGAAGGAUCGGUCAUUUCUUGUUCUGGCAUCUU